CUCUUAUCUCUACGUGUGUAUUCUGCAAUACUCCUUUUCGGCCAACCCUCUUGGGUAAACAUUAGAGCGCCAUAUAGAAAGCCAAUGUAUGUAAGUGAACGGAUAUUUUCCCAGCCAUAAUCGAUGUUUCCCACGCUGAUCCUAUUUAAGUGGCCCGGUUCGGACCUGUAACCUUUUAUUGCGCGUAUCCCGACAGCAUGUUUCACCAUUUAUUACGCGCUAAGAGUUAACGAGUAAUCCAAGAGUUAAUCUUCUCCCACGGUGCUAAAAAAUCAACAAAGAAAGCGGGAUAAAAGCGGAGAAGGAGCAUCGGUAAGUGAGAAAUACGAACUGAGAGGUCGCUUGAAGAAAACACAGAAAAACUUCGUCCUGAUUUUGCGCGUAAUGGAACUGUUGAAGUUUGCAAAGAAACUCUGGUGCGUCCGCAAGCAGCUUGUUCUCCUCAUCACACCAGCCUUAUUACUUCCGCUGCUCUUCGUCCUGCCACAAAAGGAAGGGAAAUGUCUAUACGUGGUGCUGUUGAUGGCAAUUUACUGGUGUACAGAAGCUCUCCCUCUAGCUGUUACUGCCCUGCUGCCGAUCUGCCUCUUUCCCACUAUGGGUAUUCUACCCUCCAAGAAGGUCUGUCCACAAUACUUUCUAGAGACUAACUUCCUUUUCCUGAGUGGACUAGUGAUGGCAACUGCAAUUGAGGAGUGGGGCUUACACAAACGUAUCGCCCUCAGAGUCCUCAAGAUUGUCGGAGUGAAACCAGCCUGGUUGAUUUUGGGAAUGAUGAUCACAUCCUCUUCCCUAUCCAUGUGGUUAAGCAACUCUGCUACAACAGCUAUGAUGUUGCCCAUUGCUAAUGCCAUUCUGGAAAGCCUGUUUGGAGACCUGGAAUCACUUAAGGAGAAGUGCAAGGUCACAGAUGAGCCUGAGGGCCAGUGUCAGGUGAAGCUGGAUGGGCUGCUAUCUGAAAAACAUAAUCUGACUGCAGUUGACAGGGUUGAUGGAAUUGAGAAGAUCGAACAGAAGUGUCAGGAAGAGGCCAGGAAAGAGGCAGAAUACCAGCUGAAAGUGUGGAAAGGAUUUCUCAUCUGUAUCCCCUAUGCAGCCAGCAUCGGGGGAACAGCCACCCUUACUGGAACUGCACCCAACCUCAUUUUCAUCGGACAGCUGAAGAGUCAUUUCCCAGAGUGUGACUUGAUCAACUUUGGCUCUUGGUUCAUCUUCGCUUUCCCACUAAUGAUCAUCUUCCUUCUUGUGUCAUGGAUCUGGAUUGCAUUUCUGUAUGGAGGAAUCAGCACAAGAUUGUGUAUAAAGAAACUCAAUGACCGUGCAGCUGCUGAAGCCAAGGCCAAUGCAGUCAUUGAUGAAGACUACAAAAAGCUGGGACCCAUGACUUUUGCAGAGAAAGCCAUCUCCUGCUUUUUUGUCCUAUUCGCCAUCCUCCUAUUCACCAGAGACCCAAAAUUUGUCCAAGGCUGGUCAAUAUUCUUCAGAAAAGACUAUGUGUCAGAUGCUGUUACCGGAGUCACCAUCAUCUCCAUCCUUUUCUUUUUUCCAUCCAAGUGUCCAUCGCUGCGGUGGUGGCUGAACACUAGAGCCAAAAACACUCCUUAUGUGCCUCUGUUGUCUUGGAAAAGAGUUCAAGAAUGUGUUCCAUGGAACAUUAUCCUUCUGCUGGGUGGAGGCUUUGCAAUGGCGAAAGGCUGCGAGGAGUCUGGUCUGGCCGUGUGGAUCGGGGGUCGUUUGCAGCCAUUAGCUACUGUUCCCCCUCCAGUGGCGGUGAUUCUCAUCACAGCCUUCAUUGCUUGCUUCACAGAGUUUGCCAGUAACACCGCCACCAUCAUCAUCUUCCUUCCAGUCAUUGCUGAACUGGCCAGCCAUGUCAAUGUGAAUCCUCUGUACUUCAUGAUACCAGCAACUGUAGGUUGCUCGUAUGCCUUCAUGCUUCCGGUUUCUACUCCACCCAAUUCCAUUGCAUUUGCCUCUGGACACCUCAUGGUGAAAGACAUGGUAAAAACAGGGUUUAUGAUGAACAUUCUGGGGAUUUUGUGUGUAUCUCUGGCUAUGAACACAUGGGGACUGCACAUGUUCAACUUGGACUCCUAUCCGGACUGGGCCAAACCUCUGAACGCCACAGAAAUCACAAUUCCACCAGUUAAUACUACUGGAUAGACACAUACAUAUAAACCUAUAACACUCAUAUACUGUACCCACAAAGUGGGACAAACCAAUAGCUGCCAAAAUGGGGUCUGUAUAAUAUAUAUAUAUAUAUUUAUAUAUAUAUACUGUAUAUACACCCUAUAUUUAAUUAUCUCUGGUGAGACAAGAUGUUGGAAAAUUGUUUGUUGUUUUCAUGUCCAGAGCACAGAAGAGCUCUUUCUUCCUAUAUUACUACUUUGCUGCCAUAGCAACAACUAUCACUAUUACCAAAGAAGCUUGAUAUAAAGGCAUAACUGCAAAUGACUUUUAGAUUUUUAUCAACAAUUUAACUCCAUCAGUAUUCUCCAAGCUUACAUAGAACAGUAAAACAUUCUGUAAGCUUCCAGGAAGGCUUCUGCAAUGGCCAUUUAUGGUAAUAAUGUUCCUAUCUAAGCAUAAAAAAACAACCUUAUGAGAACAUGUGUAUUUACUGCAGGAACAUUGCAGGAAUAGUUGCUGAUAUUAAGAAGAAGAAAAAAUCAAUACCCUGAUAAACUUUGACAGUCUGGAAGCUCACCAAAAGCUUGAUGGACUUUCAUAAAUAUUGGUCUCUCUUUGAUCAGAGCAGUACAGUAUGGAUAAAAUGGAAAAAACUUUUAAUCAUAGUACAAUUGUGUCAUUUAUCUGUUAUAUUAAGGGUUCAUCCUUGUUUUAAUAUAUUUCAGUGUAUUUAAAGUAUUAUAAACUCUCUAUGUGACAGAAAACAUUUGGCCUCACCAUAGUUAAUAUAUUUGGUUAGAUUAUGUGAAUGCUGUGAAUCAUCAGACUCCACGCAGAAAUGUGCAUCAGGAGCGUUUAAAAGAUCUAUGGAUGUAUUAGAGAUCUCAUUUGCUAUAGCUGCCUUCUUUGUCAUCAGUAUUUCAAAUGUGAAUUAUUGUAAUAAUGAUUUACAAAUGACAAAUCAUAUAUAUAUAUAUAUAU